GUAAGUCGCUUUGGAUAAAAGCGUCAGCUAAAUGAAAUGUACCCCUCAUGUAUUUUUCGCACGAGCCAUCUUUAUUCAUUCCUGUUUCCUCUCCGUCCGUCCUCAGUGCACCAAGCUGAAGGAGGAAAUCACCAAGGUCAAGGACCUUCUGGCCAACAAGGACUCAGAAACGGGAGAGAACAUCAAGCAGGCGGCCACCACCCUGCAGCAGGCCUCACUCAAACUCUUUGAGAUGGCUUAUAAAAAGAUGGCAGCAGAACGCGACGGUAGCGGCGGCGGCAGCAGCAGCGACGGCAGCAGCGGUAGCAGCUCGGGCUCUUCAGAGGGCGAGAAGAAGGAGGGACAGCAGUAGAUCUUUCACUUGUGUGUCAGUGUUUCCAUGACAACGGUGGACCCUUGAGUGACGAGCUGAAGUCAUUCUCACUAUAAUAUAUUAUUCUACUGUGUUUUGGCAGUAAAAUCCUCUAGCGAAAUGAUAAAUGUCAAUGUAGGCUCCUCCAUGUCUGUCUGUAAUUUAAUUGUCAAAAUCAAAGUGUGUUAAUUUUUACACAGCUGUUGAUUUACAUUCUGAGGUAGUGAAGGUUCUGUUUUGUAGGUUCCAUGUGGUUCUGCUCCAUCCUCUGAAGAAGCCUGUCCAUGGCUCUGAUAAUUUCAUGUUUGUACCAGUUGAGUGGAGGACAGCCCUACGCAGUCUACAUAAUGUAAUAUUGUGCUCUACAUCAGUUAUAGCCAUCUUGUUUUUAAAAGUGCGCUCAUAGCAACCUGGAGGUGGGAAGUUACUGUAUAAAACACUUUAAAUACAUGAGCCUUGUUCUGUCAGAAACGUGUCACUCCUCAGUUGUCCUGGGGUCACUCAAGAGUUCCAAACCAAUGCACAUCUGUGAUAAUAAUUCAUUACUGUCAUGUUCGAGAUCUGGAAUUAUGAUCCUAUUUGUCCUUAUUUCUUCAACAACACGAGGCUUGCUACGUUGGGGCUUGUUUUGUUCAUAUCUGACAUUUUUAAACUGCCGAUGGACAUUAUUGUAGAGAAGCAGUGAUAAGGGGGAAGGACAGAAAAUAAAUAAAUCAAAUCUGUGGAUGAGGUCAACCUUAGGUUUUCUUUUCUCAUUUAAUAAGAAUGUAAAGCCUUGAUUUGUGAGAACACCAAUUAUUAUUUUUUAUAUUUGCGUCCUUACUCAGCGUUCUGACUGAAACCAUGUCUGAAAGAUCUGCUGGCUAAACUAGCAACACAAUCAUCUGAUUUUGAAAUGGAACAAUUGAAGAUGAGGCCUGGGUUUACUUCAGACAGAUACUGGAAUGCAGGAUGAGCCUGGCCCUGUCAUGCCUGCGUUAUGAAGUGUUGUUUCUGCCACAAAGUGCUCUGUGCAGUGUACCAUCUGCUACUGGCUUGCCUGAUAAUGUUCAAUUUGGCUCAACUCUUGAAGAGAGCGGUGAGGCCAGCAGGACGCAGCGUGUGGAACUGAAUUAGGGGACGAUUUGUUUUCUUUUUGUGUGUGGGCGGGAUUAUAUAAUGGAGUGGAAAGUGAGGGCCAAGAUAAUAGUUGCUGUCUUUUCUAAUAAAACAUCUCAAAUUUGAAAUGUUA